CCUAAUUACUACAAAAGCGUGGGAGCGGGGCCUGCUCUUGUUCUGUUACUCGUAGAUACUCCUCACCAACACCCCCUCCCUCGAUCCGACGACCCACGGCAAGACUAAUGGCUUUCGUGGGCGCAUAUAGAGCCUAUUCUCCCUGUAAUUUCCCGACAGUCUUCAGUCAAUCUUCUUGUGCCCCUGCCUACCGUUAGUUCGGCGUCAUGUUUCGAUUUCCAGCAGCGCGAUUGAGGCAGCUUGCUUCGCCUUUGUUGAAGCGGGGUGCCCGCCGGACGCAGACAAGCGGAGCCGAGCAUGCUCUUGGUCCAAGGAACCUCCAAAGGCCUUUCUGGACUUCCGGCAAAGUGCUCCUCUUCUCGGCAUUGACAGGUACGACGACAUACUAUUACGGCGCCACAGAUGCUCAGCAUCCUCGAUUUCAUAUGCCAUGGAUGAAUUACUCAGGACCACGCUAUGCGUCCAAAGCAGAUAUGGAAAAGGCGGUCGGCGAGUUGCGAUAUGCGCUCGGAGAGGAUUCAAUCAGCACCGACGACGAGGACCUUCUUUUGCAUGGAUAUUCAGAAUGGUCAUCGAUCAAUAUCGAUCAACUACCUGUGGCUGUGGCUUAUCCUAAGUCUACUGAGGAAGUCUCCAAAAUCGCCCAAGUCUGUCAUAGGUACAAGAUUCCAAUGAUACCCUACUCCGGGGGUUCGAGUCUUGAGGCCAACUUCUCUGCACCAUACGGAGGUAUGAGUAUCGACUUCUCUUUCAUGGACCAAAUCCUAUCCCUGCAUGAGGAAGACAUGGAUGUUGUAGUCCAACCAUCUGUUCCUUGGAUGAGUCUCAACGAGCAGAUCAAGGGAUCUGGAUUGUUUUUCCCCGUUGACCCUGGUCCGUCUGCUAGAAUCGGCGGAAUGGUUGGGACCAGCUGCAGUGGCACCAAUGCUGUGCGAUAUGGUACGAUGAAAGAUUGGGUUAUCAAUCUAACUGUCGUCCUCGCUGACGGAACCAUCAUCAAAACCCGACGUCGACCUCGUAAAUCCUCUGCCGGAUACAACCUGACGAAUUUAUUUGUUGGCUCGGAGGGUACAUUAGGGUUAGUGACGGAGAUUACCCUCAAACUCACCGUGAUACCCCAGGACACAAGUGUCGCCGUUGUUACUUUCCCUACCAUUCGCGAUGCGGCGGCUGCUGCAUCUACGGUAAUGCGAGCAGGGAUACCCGUGGCUGCGAUGGAGAUCAUGGAUGAGGUUCAAAUGUCAGUGAUCAAUAGGGCUGGCACUACCGCUAAGAAAUGGAACGAGGCUCCAACCAUGUUCUUCAAGUUUUCUGGCACUAAGGCCGGGGUACAGGAGAACGUCAAGCUAGUCAAAGCCAUUGCAAAAGCACACAAAAGCGGCGAUUUCGAGUUUGCGGUCGAUGCAGAAGAGCAAAAGACUCUAUGGUCAGCUCGGAAAGAGUCACUUUGGAGCAUGCUUGCACUGCGCAGGGAGGGUGAUGAAGUCUGGUCGACAGAUGUCGCAGUGCCAUUGUCUCGAUUGCCUGACAUCAUUGAGAUUUCCAAGAAGGAAAUGGACGAUCUCGGCCUCUUUGCCAGUAUUCUUGGCCACAUUGGUGACGGCAAUUUCCACGAAAGCAUCAUGUACAACAGCAAAGACCCGAAAGAACGAGCAGCCGUUGAAAAGUGCAUCAAGGAUAUGGUUGAUCGUGCAUUAGAGAUGGAAGGCACUUGCACUGGAGAGCACGGCAUUGGACUCGGCAAAAAGGAUUCUCUCAUGAAAGAGCUCGGCAUCGACACGAUCAACGUCAUGAAGAGCAUCAAACAAGCACUGGAUCCAUAUUGGUUGAUGAAUCCAGGGAAGAUAAUGGACAUACCAACAUGAUCUGUCUGUCUAUAUUUUGCGUCUGGAUACCAAUCGUUGCAAUGGCUCCAUUUCGGGAGCAUCAAAAUAGCAUUUUGCAUACGGUGGUCUUUUUCAUUAUGCACGGCAAAAAUGUUGGCCAUUUGUUUA